GAGGGAGUUCCGUGGGGGGCUUCUGGAUUCGUGGAGGUUGUGGAGCCGGUGGUAAGGGCCCCGAUCCCUCCGCGAUGAUGGAAACACCAUUGUAUUAUGCAACUUCUGCUAUCGCCAAGAACUUGUGCUCGGGGAUGUCUGGGAAUGUGCUGCAGGAGAUAAGAAGUUGCUGCUUGGAAGGGUUUUAUCCUGUUUGAAGCAAUAAGAAAGAAAAAAGUUUGCCUGCUGUGGAGGAUCCAGUGUGUCAGACCCAGGGAGGAUUUAGCAUGGGAAUGUGCUCCCAGUGAGGGGCUUUGGUGGAGAGAAGGGAUGGAGAUGUCACAAGGAUUGUCUGAGUCCCUGGGAGCCGCGACCCGGAGGGUGAGGAGAGAAUUCCUCGGCAUUGCUUCCUCUGAAGGGAGGAAUCCAGAAGCCCUCGCUCCCAGCACAGAGUGAGAUGAUCUCCCAUAGGGAGCUGGAGGCGACUGGGCUGGGUGGGGGAACUUCCCAUGUUCCCUCUGCAAACCCCGUGUUGGGUUGGUGAAAACUGGGACAAACCUCGAGAUUUCCACAGCGAAACCUUUCUUGCUUUUCUUAGCCAACCCCUCCCCGUGAAGAUCUAUCAGGCAGGCAGCUCCAGGCUGGAAAACCUGAUGGGGCAGUGGGAAAGUUCACAGCUGGCUGAUAAAAGCUCUCAGUGAGAACAGCCAGUGCUUUUCCCAACACUGCCUUUUAUUCCUAGAGCAAGGAAAUAUCCACAAAUCCCCCUUGCCUCCCCCUUUCUUGCCCAUAAAUCUCCCUUUCCACCCCUCAAAUCCUGCUUCCCCCAAAACGCCCUCCUUGAGUUCUGCAGUUUUAUGGAGCGAUGUUUUCUCCUGAUUAAAGUAACUUUUGGUGCUUCACUUUUUCUCCAAGCCAUCCCUGAAGACCCUUCCUGUCAUGGUUGCAGGGAUAUAGAGCGGAUUUGCUGGGUCCCCCAUGGCCUCACUCAGUACCCUCUGUUUAUUUUAAUCAGCCCGGGAUUAAUUAAUGCCCCCUUGGGAUUAAUUUUUUUUUUCCAGUGUUUGAACUGAACCUUGUGUUAUAUUCCCACCUGGCUGGGAUGUGACCCAGAUCUUCGUUAAGCAGCAUCUUGUUUUAAGGAUUAACGUGCUCCAUUUGCUCUCCUGGAUCCUUUCAGCUCCCUCACCAUGAGCUGAAAUUCCUCAUUUUUAGAGGAGAUGGGGAUUGUGGGAUCAAUAUAUGCUAUAAAAAUAGGGAUUGUGAAUAUCCAGGGUGUUUUCAGGCUCCCAUCUCCCUCUGCUGUUGUUUCUUGUCUCUGUGUGGGCUGGAGAAAUUGGUUUUGGGGAUUGUUAUCCCUGGUUUUUUUUACCUGGAGCAGAUUUUGAGUUGCUGACAUCUGGUGCAGCUCCCUAUGCCUUCCUUCAUCACCCGUGGCUCUCACCAUCAUUAGGAACAGCUCUCAUUAAUGAUUAAUGAUGUCAUGGGGUCUUCCCAUAUCCCUGGAAUCCAUGGGUUUCCUGACAGCGGAUGGGAGAGCCCAGCAAACCCAUGCUUGGCUCUUCCUUGUUGCUCAGCAACUCCCAAACUCUUGGCUUUGGCAUUUCCACCCCUUUCAACAUGAUUUUCAUUAAAUCCACAAUUUCUGGGGCUCCUGGGUGAUUUCCAGGAGGGGAAUUACCCUUGAAUCCCACAGGAUUCACAUUCCCAUAUACAGGAACAGUGUCCUGCCUAGUGUACAGUGUCAGUAUGUGGAGAAACUGAAUCUGAAAACAAGCUGGGCUCAUAAAUGCUGGGAAAAAAUGCCCAAAAAUGGGAUUUUGGGCUGUUUCCCCCCCAUUUGGCAUCUUCUGGAAAACAGUGGGAUUAGUGGCAGCAGGAAUAAGACACCUGGGUGAGGGAGCAGCUGCUGCACCCUGAAAACCUCCCUUGUUUAUCAUCCCCUUGAAUUUGCGUGGUUUGAGAGGCCCUGAGUUGCCAGGGAGCUGCCAGAUUAUCCUGCAGCAGGUCCCUCUGGCUUAGAAUUAACGAGAUUGUUUGGAUUCGGGGAUUAAUUAAUGGGCCCCUUUCUCCCCCAGGCUGGAGGCAAGGCGGGCAAGGACAGCGGCAAGGCCAAGGCCAAGGCCGUGUCGCGCUCCCAGAGAGCCGGGCUGCAGUUCCCAGUGGGCCGCAUCCACAGGCACCUGAAGACUCGGACCACCAGCCACGGGCGUGUGGGAGCCACGGCGGCUGUGUACAGCGCAGCCAUCCUCGAGUACCUGACUGCUGAGGUAGGAGCCUCCUCCCCAGCCCCAGCCCCUCUGCCCUUGGCAUUCCCACCUCCUCCUGCUGUCCUGCAGGUGCUGGAGCUGGCCGGGAAUGCUUCCAAGGAUCUCAAAGUGAAGCGGAUCACGCCCCGGCACCUGCAGCUGGCGAUCCGCGGUGACGAGGAGCUGGAUUCCCUGAUCAAAGCCACCAUUGCUGGUGGAGGUGUCAUUCCCCACAUCCACAAGUCCCUGAUUGGAAAGAAGGGACAACAGAAAACAGCGUAGAGGAAGCGCAGCACCGAAUCCCCCCGUCGUACUGUACUUGGGCACAGGAACAUCUCGGGGAUACGAGGAAUUUUUUUUAAGGAGUAGUUCAAAGGAAGAGCAUAGAGAGGAUUGACUGUAGAGGAAACAUUGGGAUGGGUUUAGAUUCUGAGUAGGACACACUGCGGGCUGUGGGGUGGCAGCUGGGGGGGUGGGUGAGUGGCUCAGCUGCCCCUACGUUUUAUACAAAAAUGGAACCCAUAAACCAUUUUUUACAAAAAUCCA